UUGGAGCCGCGGAUGUCGCUGCAAACAGGCUGUGACAAUAAAGAAGAAAUCCCAAGAUUCCUGAAGAUCUCGUCAACUCCCACAUGGCAGUAAACCACUCCCUUGAAGAUUAAACCAAGUGUAUUCAGCCCCAGAGCGUUACCCUCGUAGAUGCCGCUCAGUCUCCGUCUUUGCAAAUGGCUUGCUGCUUGAAGGACGAGCUCCUUUGUUCCAUCUGCCUCAGUAUCUACCAGGACCCCGUCAGCUUUGGCUGUGAGCACUACUUCUGCAGGAAGUGCAUCACCGAGCACUGGAGCAGGCAGGAGCUUCACGGAGCGCGGGACUGCCCCGAGUGCCGGAGGACCUUCACCGACCCCCUCCUCUCACCGAGUCUCAAGUUGUCCAACAUUGUGGAGCGCUACUCGGCCUUCCCACUGGACGCCAUCCUCAACGCCCAGAGGAGCUCCUACCCCUGCAAGGACCACGAGAAGGUCAAGCUUUUCUGCCUCACUGACAAAAGUCUGGUGUGCUUCUUCUGCGACGAGCCGGCGCUACACGAGCAGCACCAAGUAACCACUAUUGACGAGGCUUACGAGGAGAUACAGAGGGAGAUGAAGGAGCAGCUGGCCACCCUGCAGGACAGUGAGAAGGGACACACUGAGGCCCUGCAGCUCCUGCAAAGACAACUUACUGAGACCAAGUCCUCAGCCAAGAGUCUGCGUGCAACCAUUGGUGAUGCAUUCGAGCGUCUUCACCGCUUCCUGCGCGAGCGUCAAAAGAGCAUGCUGGAAGAGCUGGAGAUGGACACGGCCCGCAAGCUGGCCGACAUCGAGCACAAGAUCCAGCGCUACAGCCAGCAGCUGCGCGACGUCAAGGAGGGCAUCCAGAUCCUGCAGGAGCGCCUCAACGAGACAGGACGACACGACUUCCUGGAGGGAGUCGCCGUCACAUCUGAGAGGAUUAAAGGGAAGAUACAUGAGACCAAUCUGACAUAUGAAGACUUCCCGACAUCCAAGUACAUGGGGCCCUUACAGUACACAAUAUGGAAGUCGCUCUUCCAGGAUGUCUCACCAGUGCCAGCAGCGUUGACCCUCGACCCCAUCACAGCCCACCAAAGACUGAUCCUCUCGGACGACUGCACCAUAGUGGCCUAUGGGAAUCUCCAUCCGCAGCCUCUGCAGGACUCCCCGCGCCGCUUUGACGUGGAGGUGUCUGUUCUGGGCGCAGAGGGCUUCAUGUCGGGCGUCCAUUACUGGGAGGUGAUGGUGUCGGAGAAGACCCAGUGGAUGAUCGGUGUGGCUCAUGAGACAGUCAGUCGCAAGGGCAGCAUCCAGAUCCAGCCCAGCCGCGGCUUCUACUGCAUCGUCAUGCACGAUGGCAACCAGUACAGCGCCUGCACCGAGCCGUGGACCCGCCUCAACGUAAAGAGCAAGCUGGAGAAGGUGGGGGUGUACCUGGACUACCACAAAGGCCUGCUCAUCUUCUACAAUGCAGACGACAUGUCCUGGCUCUACACCUACCGGGAGAAAUUCCCCGCUAAGGUCUUCCCCUACUUCAGCCCGGGCCAGAGCCACGCCAACGGCAAGAAUGUGCAGCCGCUGCGAAUUAACACUGUACGCCUUUAAGAGCUGCACAUAUCUUUGGUCACAAUUGUCCUGACAGAUAAUUCACUUGUGUAGGUUUCAAAAAAUGUUCAAGAAAUCAGUUUGUGUUUAAUAGGGUGUUUGAAAUGUUUAUUUGAGUUUCAGUUAAAACUCGUGCUUGAUGUUGCUCUUAAAACCUGCGCUGUUAUUUUUGUGUGACUUGAAACGACCAUACGAUAAUGGCCUGCACUUGAGCCUCAUUCCACGUCUUUAAUUGAAAAGAUGACACUAAAUGGAGACAGAGGGACCCCUGGGCUACUGUGGGGUCUGUGGCAGUGAUGUUUAAAAAAAAAAAAAAAGUGAUUCCCAGGCCCACCUUGCACACUCCCAGGGGGCGACGCUCUCCUUAUCAAGCUCCAGGCUUGUCAGACUUGGCGUCCCCUCUCUGUCCACGCCAGAGGACACUGAAGACUGGUCACUUGUCUUCUCUGUGCUGUACAGUUGGCUUAGCUUUGUGUGUGGAAUGUGAUUGACAGCACUUGGCUCCUUUUUUUUUUUUUUUUUUUUUUUGGCUUUUGUUCGGCCAGCAGUCCACCCUGAACUUGUCAAGUCUGUUCGCACUUUUCACUUCUGUCUGAGACCAUUAUCUAGGUUCCCCCUGCAGGUCACAUCGGCCCUGUUAACACCUGGUAUUAAGAUGCAUCUUGGGUGAUGGAUCACAAGUGGACAGCUCCAAGUGCAGGUGUGAAUGUACCAAAUGCUUCCUUAAUGUGUCUUGAGAUCUGAUCGCUCAGACCACUUUCUGAGAUUGUGUCAGCCGCAUGUGGCCACAGUCUUUCAGCAGUGUGUAUAUCCUGGGCCACAUGGAAGGACCACAUACAAGGGCUGCAAAAAAAUCAUAUUGCGAUUAUUCUAACAGAUAUUUUGAGUGCCUCAUUUGUAAUGGCAUGUUGUGACACAUUUUAACCUUCAUCUAACAAAUAUGCAACUCCUGCAAUUUGGAUGUUGCACUUGGCCAUGUUGCGAUUUUGAUAAUAACUUGAUUAAUUGUGCAAUCCUACCACCAACUCAACUGACGUCCUUGCUUAUUUGACACCCCACCGAAUAAGAGAACUUUCUGUUGUUGCAGUUACAGAGAUGCAGAGCUGAAGGGCCGUGUCUGGAGCAUCUCUCCUGCCAGUUCAGCGUCUGCCUGAUUAGCAUGAGCUAAUGCAGCAGCAGCAGCUGCUAAAUGGUCACAACAAACUCUCACCAACACCAAAACAGCUUGACUCUUAAACCAGUUAGUGACUGCAAGGUAACAUUAGUCGUGUAAUGCUAGCCAUUAGCCCUGUCAGUGUGUGUGUGUGUGUUGCCAGGCAGACUCUCACCAUCUGUAACAUGAAACUCACACUCCUGCAGACGUAGUCUUUUAGCGGCGCUUGCCUCAUGAUAAAGAGAUAGAGAGUGCGAGGAAUGGCUGCGUAUCAAUAUGCUACAUGUGGCCCUACAAUUAUAGGGCCAUUUUAUAGUCGUUUGAGAACGUUAUUGAGAGGGAUUACUUUUGUGACUCUGCAUAGCUUGCCUUCAAAUAGCAAAGGCUGUAAGUAUGCACUUAGCAUGAGGAACCUUAUGUGCAUUAGAAACUACGACACAUUUUGUCUUUGUAAAUGGAAAUGAUUCACUUGCUUGUUUGCAAAUAGAUCAGGGAAGUGAGAUGAGAUCAGAAGUGGUCACUUGAGAUGCAUUUGGAGACACGUUCUAAUGUCAGGUUUGAACAGACCAACUGAGCUGUCCCCUCGUGAUCAGAUCACCCAAGACACGUGGAUACCAGAUCCAAACAGGUUCAUCCAUGUGUGUCUGUUCAGUCUUCAUCAUUGCAAGGAAAGCUGUUGUUCUUUGUGCACCAGCGAUAAUCCAUGUCACCAAGAAAAAUUAAAUGAAUCUAAAAGGAAUCCAUAGGCUGCCCAUCCCUGUCCACUGCUCAGCCCUACCCACAAGUGGUGGGAAAUUCUGUUUGGAGGUGGAGGUCGUCCAGAAAUAUGCUGCUACCGAUGGAGUAAGGACUUGCAUGUUUGUAUAUAGAGUGUCAAGAGUUAAAAGAACUUAGUCUCUCAUCACGGUGCUGGCUCAUGUUUAAGUUUCCGUUCCAAAACCACAAGUAUGCUCGCCAUCAGCAUACGCUAUAUAUAUGUAUCUGUGGGUUGUCUUUUUGUCCACUUUAGUGUUGAAUUCAAGCACAGCUCUGCUUUCAGUCAUGUUUGAUCAUUUUGUCUUCAAAUCAAAAAAAUAUUAAAUCAUGCUGUCUGAGUAAAAGCUUCUCAGAUGUAAAAAAAAAAAAAAUCUGAAAGGUUAAAGAUGAAUCAUUGCUCCAAAAGAGACCGACUGUUCCCCCUUUUUUUAAAAAAAAUCAUAUCAUUUCAGUACAUGAAGUCAAGCUGGGGAACGGCAAUUACUAAAUCAAAAUGGUAACGGAUGGACUCUAGGGCUACAUAUGCUAUUCCUGCAACUGGCAUUCCCUAGGCUGUUACAUAAUGACAAAAUCACUGAUAAGUCCCCCGAGGCUCACCCAUGUUUAUUUCUCCCCCCCCACGUGCCUCAAGUGCUCUUGUUUAUAAUGAGUUGUACACAAGUCCUGCAGAAUCCACUCUUAAGAGGCUCUGGUCGCUCAGCCAAGUUCGGCAUACCGAGAGAUGUGUCUGCGGGGUGGGUGGGCAUGUGCACAGGUGUGUUUGUACGGCCUGGUUCAGCUAUAAUUUUAAAUCCAGCUUUGGUUGUGCUUGAUAAAGCCCAUCUGGCCCUCUGAGCAUACCCAUGCAGCAGCCAAAAGUGAUUAUUACAAAAUACUUUGGAAUCUGGGAUAACUUUGGAAAAUCUACAACAGCAAAAAAAAAAAAAAACAACUUCCAUUGCCACUGUACAUCUUUACAUUUGUGUGUGUGUGUGUGUUGUCUGUGUUGUCCAUUUAAAAGAAAAUUGGGGCAGUGCCCUUGUUUUUGUAGGAUGUAAUUCCGGUAUGUGCAGUAUGAUGCAAACUGGGGUCAAACGCAGAGCGUCUGCAAAUUAUUCCUGGUAUUUGUUUGUGUGCUGAUCUGCAGGAUUCCGUUCAAGAAGCAGAUCUACGGUGUUGAAUAAAACCUGGAACCAGAAAGUUUAGACAAUCAGGACAAUAUCCAUUUUACUUCUCUCUGAUUGAGACUUUAUUUAUUGUCCCUGAGGAGUAAAUCCCAACCAGCUGGCUCAAACACAUGCUUAUAUUUGACCCCGGUUUGCUGUGUCGCGGACUUCGGUGUAGUCUGCUUCAUUUAAGACUUUCUGUUUGAAUGUUAAGGAGAUUAUUGUGAGGUGGUGUUGGGUUACUGGUGGAGGUGAUGACGCUAAUUGUUUUAUGAUGGUAACUAUGACACUUUUAAUAAUUAUAAUGAUGAUUGUGUCGUUUGAUGAUGGCCGCUGUGCACCCAUCAUUGUGUGAACACACUUGAGUGUGCUUUAGCCGCAGCUGAGGUUUGUGGGAAAUGUUUUAAUGUACAAUAAAUCACUGCUAAAAUCA